GCUUGAGCCGGUAAAGGACUGCCAACACAGGCGGAGCAAGACUCACAGGAGAUAGAUGCGGCUGUCGAGCGAAAAUAAACCAAAAACAAUACCAGCUUUUCUAUUUGCCUUCAAUUAUUACUUGCUUAAAUAGGUAGCAACGUGACAAUGAAAUGACGACAAGAUAGGAAACGCGGCCUUGUUUCACCAGAAGGCUGCUUUUCUAACUUCUCUUGUCACCUGUCGGUGGCGUGCUGUUGCCAUGAGGGGGCCCUAUUUCCAGCGCUGUUUGGCUGCAAAUGUUUACCCAGAGGUACCUGAUGGCGGCUGGGGCUGGGCUGUGGCCCUGGCCUUCUUCCUUGUGGAGGUCUGCACCUAUGGGGCCCUGAAGAGCCUGGGUGUCUUCCUCCAGGAUCUGAUGGAAGAGUUUGGAGAGAGCAACAGCCGGGUGUCAUGGGUCAUCUCCAUCUGUGUCUUUAUCUUCACCUUCACUGGUCAGUCACUUCCCUCACAUACUCAGCCAUGCAGUGUUCCUUCCAUUUGGGCCAGUGGAUGUUAUGUCCCCUUCUCCUCUUCUCGUUUGUUUGCAGGCCUCGGCUACUGCUUCACCUUCCUCCCAACCGUCACCAUCCUCGCCCAGUACUUCUCCACACGGCGAGCCCUCGUCACCUCUGUCGCUUCCUCCGGAGAACCUUUCGCUAUAUUCGCCUUUGCUCCAGCUCUGACCACACUGAAGGAACACAUUGGCUGGCGCUACUGUCUGGUUGUCCUGGGAACCUUUCAGGCUUGUGUGAUUGGCUGUGGGCUUCUCCUUCGUCCAAUCAUUAUUGACCCGGAGCCUGUAGAGGAGCACCAUGAGUCAGACAAAGAGCAGCAGACUGUUUAUACGCUGGAGAAUGAGCAGACCAGGACCUCCAUCAGUUCAGGGGGGUCCCAGGGUUCAGAGGACUCCGGGGUCAACUCCCUCUUCACCUCCAGCUCAGACCUGAGGACUGCAGGAGCUGAGAGGCAGGCUCUGGUGGAGUGGGAGGUGAAGGACAAUGAGGACAAAGAGUCUUCAAUGUCCACACCAACCAUCCAAGUGAAGGAGAAGGAUGAGGGGGUGCUGGCAAAGCUGGAGGCGGGUCCUCUACAGCGUCCCAGCCCCAGCCCUAGACUCCUGGACUUCUCUGUGCUCAGAGACACGACCUUCAUCUGGUACUCCCUCUUUGGGAUGUUCGCCACGCUGGGCUUCUUCGCCCCGCAGCUCUACGUCAUCGAGCUGAGCAAGAGCCGGGGGGUGGAGCCCGGCCUGGCGUCCUACAUGCUCUCUGUGAUGGCUGUGGCUGAGAUCCUGGGCCGGCUGUCCAUUGGGGUGCUGCUGAGCAGGGUGCGCUGCAGGAAGACGCUGCUGCUGCUGGGCUGCGUGCUGCUGCUGAGCCUGGUGCUGCUGGCCUUCGCUGUGGUCUGGGAGUUCUGGGGUCUGGUGGUGUGCUGCGCCCUCUACGGCUACUUCGUGGGCACCGUCGGCUCCAUUCACAUCCCCAUGCUGGCUGAGGAGGAAGUUGUUGGUAUCGAGAAGAUGGCGUCCUCUGUGGGGGUGUACCUCUUCAUCCAAAGCUUUGCUGGGCUGGCAGGGCCGCCACUAGGAGGAGUGCUGGUGGACGUCACUCAGAACUACGGGGCUGCCUUCCUCUCCUCUGCGGUGGGCAUGGCUCUCAGCGGCGUCUGCCUGGCCAUGGUCGGCCCCGCCAAGGCCGGCAUGUGCCAGAGACAGAGGCCGAACAGAGAGGAAGAUAAGUGCACGCAGGAAGAGGACAAAAUGUCGCAGGACAGUGGACAGCCAGACUUUUUGGACGUGGACCCUGAGGACAGUUCACUCAGACAGACUGUGGAUCAGAACAACAAGUCUGUAAUGUGAAAAGCACGACAUCAGAGACGCUCACAUUCUGAAAAGCUUGAAGUCCCCUCUUUAGGAGAAGUUCCUCCUCUGAGACCAAAAGCAUUUCCCCCUAAAACUGUAGAACCACGACGAACACUGGCAGCCACCAAGGAUGGUUUAAGGAAUGCAGAAAUUCACAAUCACAAUUAUUUCUAGUGUCUCCAUACCAAGCCCACUCACGUCCUGCCUGUGUGAGCAGUCUGCGCAGAGGACCUUUUCUUAAUGCGUUUUACUUUGAUUCAAACAGUUUAUAAUGAUAUUAUGAUCUUUUUUUUUUAUUGAAUUGAAGGCCACCCCUGCCUGUUAAGUGCUGUGCUGCUUUCAUUAUGUAUUUUAAAUAAAAUAUGGCUUUAGUGGGGGAUUUUU